AUGCCUUCCAUCUCCAAGGUCGCGUUGACGGCUCUCGCCUCAGUCCAGGGCGCCCAAGCCUGGGGUGCUUUGGGCCACGCAACUGUUGCCUACAUUGCCCAGCACUAUCUCACCUCUGCCACAGCGUCAUGGGCUCAGGGCGUCCUUGGCGAUACCUCCAGCUCGUACCUGGCCAACGUCGCCUCGUGGGCUGACGACUACCGAGCAACGACCGCUGGCAAGUGGUCUGCUCCCUUCCACUUCAUCGACGCCGAGGACAACCCGCCCACUUCAUGCAACGUCGACUAUGACCGCGACUGCGGCAGCUCUGGCUGCUCCAUCUCGGCCAUGGCCAACUACACCCAGCGCGUGGGAGACGGCCGCCUCUCCGCCGCCAACGUCCAGCAGGCGCUCAAGUUCCUCGUCCACUUUGUCGGCGAUCUGACGCAGCCUCUCCACGACGAGGCCUACGAGGUUGGCGGAAACGACAUCGAGGUCACCUACCAGGGCUACAGCGACAACCUGCACUCCGACUGGGACACUUACAUCCCCGAGACGCUGAUUGGCGGCGGCUCCCUGGCCGACGCGCAGACCUGGGCCAACACGCUCGUCAGCGACAUCACCUCCGGCUCGUACAAGUCCCAGGCCGCCAGCUGGAUCGCCGGCGACGACGUCAACGAUGUCAUCACCACGGCCACCCGCUGGGCCAGCGACGCCAACGCCUACGUCUGCACCGUCGUCAUGCCCAACGGCGCCGCCGCCCUGCAAAAGGGCGACCUGUACCCGACCUACUACAACUCCGUGAUUGGCACCGUCGAGCUGCAGAUUGCAAAGGCCGGCUACCGCCUGGGCAACUGGCUCAACAUGGUCUACAGCACCAACAUUGCCAAGCGUGAGGCCGGCGAUGAUGCCGCCCCCAAGCCUGAUCUGCUGGGCCGAGACUUGCUGCCUGCUGCCCGUCCUGCUACUCGUGCCAAGCUUGCGAGGGCGGCUAUGGAGGGCGCGUGCUGCAAGAGCCGAGACCACGACCACAAGCACUAA